AUGAGACGGGAAUAUCUUCCGUUGCAGUCCUUACCAGCCUGGGCCAAGCUUAAUGGAAUCGUCACAAAUGGAGUCGCUUUCCAGAAUCUCAGCUCUUCGGAGAACGAUACAGACAAGGGAAAUGCGAUUGUAGCGAUCGAAAACAAGACCAGCGAUGAAAGCGAUUCCCUUCCUCAGGUUCUGCUUCAAAUCCCACCAGAGCUGGUUCUUUCUCUGGAAACUGUGCACGCCCAGUCCAAGUCUGACCAAUGUCUUCGGGAGGUGCUUGAAGCCGUUGGCGACUUCGGUAGAGUAUGUUCCUUCUCCAGUCUCACGGCAUUUAGCAAGACAGUCGCUGACGAUAGCCAGACCGCACGGGGUGCCAUUAUGAUAUUUCUUCUGAUUCAAAUCACACAUUCUAGCCCUGGAGUGAAACGCAUGAUCGGGGUUUCUAACGCUUGGACUGACUACGUCAAAUUCUUUCCGCCCAGUUUCCCGCUGCCGACGUCCUACAGUGGCGAGGAACAGCAACUGCUGAGAGGAACCUCACUUGCAGCUGCUGUGGAGGCCAAAACGUCCUCGCUCGAGCGCGAAUUCUCUCGCCUUCGAGAAUCCACUGAAAAUAUCGAAUGGUGCCAAGAUUGCUGGUGGGGAGAGGGCCUAGACAAGCUCACCGAAGAUGAUUGGAAGUAUGUCGAUGCGGCAUAUCGAUCCCGCAUGGUGGAUUUGCCUGGGAGAGGACAUGCAAUGGUGCCCUGUAUUGAUAUGGCGAACCAUGUCUCGGAACCGGAUGUGAAAGCAUUGUACGAGGCAAAUUCAGAACACAAUGCAGUCUUGCAGCUCCGCUGGGGAAAGUCUCUCCAACCCGGUGAUGAGGUGACGAUAUCGUACGGCGAUGAGAAGCCAGCAUCGGAGAUGGUUUUUUCAUAUGGUUUCCUUGAGAGCAAUAGAGCCGAGGCCAAGCAGGUGCUUUUGGACAUGACGAUGCCAAUGGACGACCCCUUGGGAGACGUCAAGACUAUGUUCUGUCGCGAAGCACCCGGAAUUCGUCUGUCUACUGCCUCUGACAUCAACUCGUCAUCAAAAAUCACCUGGGAGAGCCCUCUUAUCUGGAUGGCGUGUGUGAACGAAGAAGAUGGUCUUCAUAUCCGGGUUGCGCAGACCACCGAUGGAGCAAUGGAGUUGGAAGCCAUUUGGAAGGGCACGAAGCUAGAGUCACCCCAUCAUCUUCGAGAGCUUCUCGUAUCUGAUCCUUCUUGGGACAUUUUCCAACUUCGAGCAGUCGUUCUGUUGCUGGAAAGGAUUGAAACACAACUUGCUCUACUGCAAGAGACGGAAGAUGUGUUGGCAAACCUGCAAGAGAACGAGGCGAUAUUCCAAGCCCUCUUCCGACCUGAUAUCUUCAACCUGGUUGCUCGACUCCGAAGGCUCGAAGCAGAGCUGCUUGAAAAGUCGGUUGCAGACCUCAUGGAACAGAAAACCCAGCUCAUGGAGUCGGACGCUGUGACAGCCUACCUCGCACAGCAAUCGCAAGCAGAUGAGGUGGAUGAUUUUUCAUGA